UCCCGCCGCUAUUUGGGCCGGCGGGAGGCAGGCCGGCGGUUAGAACGGAGGCCCGGCGAGGUCGACGGGGCCCCUCCGCCGCCCGGCCCGGCCCGGCAGGUGGCGGAGACGGCGGGCGGGCGCCCCGCGGCCGGGGGGAAUGCGGCGGUAGCCGGCGGCCCGGGGGAUGUUACGGUGGACCGUGCACCUCGAGGGUGGGCCCCGGAGGGUGAACCACGCCGCCGUGGCCGUGGGCCACCGGGUCUACUCCUUCGGCGGCUACUGCUCCGGCGAGGACUACGAGACGCUGCGACAGAUCGACGUGCACGUCUUCAACGCCGUGUCCCUCCGCUGGACGAAGCUGCCCCCCGUGUGGCCCAGCGGGCGUGGGAAAGUCCGGGAGGUGCCCUACAUGCGCUACGGGCAUUCGGCCGUGCUCAUCGACGACACGGUCUACCUGUGGGGCGGACGCAACGACACCGAGGGGGCCUGCAACGUCCUCUAUGGCUUCGACAUCAACACUCACAGGUGGUCGACGCCCAAGGUGUCGGGGACGGUGCCCGGGGCCCGGGACGGGCACUCGGCCUGCGUCCUGGGCAAGAACAUGUACGUCUUCGGGGGCUACGAACAGCUGGCUGACUGCUUUUCCAAUGACAUCCACAAGUUGGACACGACCAGCAUGACUUGGACGUUGAUUUCGGCCAAGGGGACCCCCGCCCGCUGGAGGGACUUUCACUCGGCCACCAUGCUGGGCAGCCGCAUGUACGUGUUCGGGGGCCGAGCUGACCGCUUCGGGCCCUUCCACUCCAGCAACGAGAUCUACUGCAACCGAAUCCGCGUGUUUGACACCCGGGCCGAGGCUUGGCUGGAGUGUCCGUCCACCCCGCUGCUGCCCGAGGGCCGCCGCAGCCACUCCGCCUUCGGGUACAACGGGGAGCUGUACAUCUUCGGCGGUUACAACUCCCGGCUGAAUCGGCACUUCCACGAUCUCUGGAAAUUCGACCCAGUGGCCUUCUCCUGGAAGAAGAUUGAGCCGAAGGGGAAGGGACCGUGUCCCCGGCGCCGCCAGUGCUGCUGCAUUGUGGGCAACAAAAUUGUCCUCUUUGGGGGCACCAGCCCGUCCCCCGAAGAAGGCUUGGGUGACGAGUUUGAUCUCAUGGAUCACUCUGACCUACACAUCCUGGACUUCAGCCCCAGUCUAAAGACCUUGUGCAAACUGGCAGUGAUUCAGUACGGCCUGGACCAGUCUUGUCUGCCUCACGAUAUCAGGUGGGAACUAGCCGCCAUGACUACCAACAGCACCAUCAGCCGGCCCAUAGUCUCCUCCCACGGGUAGGAGGAACAACGGACGUUUCCUCCACUCCUGCUGCUCUCAACGUCUUUCCCCCGCCCGCCCAUCUACCGCGGCCGCCCUGGAAGCCCCUUCCCCUCCUCCCUCCCCGCCGCCCCCCUCCCUUCCCCCCAGGGUCCCACGGUGCCAGCUGCGGGGGCUGGGCUAGGGACGCGGUGUCUGGGCGAUGGACUCGUGGGGCGAGCCUAGCCCCCUUCCCCAUGGGGCUCCGUCCCCUCCCUCUGGUGCUCUCUACCCCUUCAUCCCUUCCCCCUCUCUUCUCCCUCUC